AUGAAUAAUAAUAAUAAAAAUAAUUGGGAGUUAUUAUUUUGGAAAGUAAUAAAAAACAAAUUUCUAUUUAGAUUAAUUUUAAAAGAAAUUAAAAAUGAUAAAAUUCAAUUUAAUAGAACUGAUAAAUAUUCAUGCAAUAAUAGAAUUGGAUUUAAUAUAAUAAAAUCAUUAAGAUGGUUACUUGAAAAUAAACAAUUCUCACUAUUAAAAGAUAAACUAGUUAAUAAUAAAUACCUUCAAAUUGAUAAAGGAGCAAUAGAUUAUUUCAUUAGAAUAGUUGAUUCAAUCGAUUUAAUAGAAUUAUUAUUUAAAAAGAAACAAAAACAAUUAUCAAUAAUAGAUUUAAUUAAAUCAUGUAUUGAAAAUAAAAAUGAAACGAUUUUAAAAUUUAUUUUAAAAAAAAGAAAAGAACAAGCCUCUUUAUUUAGUAAUAAUAAUAAUAAUAAUAAUUUUUACCCAAUUUAUCCAUCAACUAUUUUAUUUGCAAUUCAAAGUUCACCAAAAUCAACAGUAGAACUAUUAAUUAAUGAAUUAACAGAAAGAGAGAAAUUAAUAAUAAUGCCACCAAUUAAUGAAGAAGUUAUAAGAGCAGCACAUUCAAAUCCUUGUCAUACAUAUCAAAUGUUUGAAUAUAUAUUCCAAGAGAAAUCAUUUAAUCCAAUACCAAAUACAGAAAAGAAUAAAUUAUCAUAUACAGAUUUUAAUUAUUAUGAAUCAAACGAACUAAAAUUAAAAUUCUUAGAAAUGAAAUUAGUUUAUAAACCAAAAAAUCAAAUCACUUUUGAAAAUAUAACAAACCUAAAAGAAGAUGAAUUAAAAUUAAUUGUUUUAAUUUUAAAAAAUCUUAAUAAUAAUAAUAGUAGUAGUGAAACUGAUAGCAAUGAUAAUGAUAUUAGUGAUAAUAAUUUAAUAAUAAUAAAAGAUAAAAAUGAAAAAGAAAUAAAAGAAGAUCAAGAAUUUUCUUUAUUACCAAAAGAAGAAAGAAUAAAAAAAUUAAAAUUAUUUAUUAUAACAGAACUAAAUUCAGAUAAACUUUAUUUAAAUUAUUUACUAGAAUAUGAUGAAAUAGUACCAAAUUAUAAAAUUAAUGUUUUAUCAUUAUAUGCAUUUAGUAGAUUCAAUUUAACUGCAUUAGAUUAUUUAUUAAAUUAUUUACCAAAUAACCUUGAACCAAAUUCAGAAAUUAAUAAUAAUAUUAAUAAUAAUAAUAAUAAAAAUAAUAAUAAUAAUAAUAAUAAUAAUAAUAAUAAUAAUAAUAAUAAUAAUAAUAAUAAUAAUAAUAAUAAUAAUAAUAAUAAUAAUAAUAAUAAUAAUAAUAAUAAUAAUAAUAAUAAUAAUAAUGGUAUACCAAAUGUAUCAAUUUAUUUAGAGUAUUUAAAAGAUAGAAUAAAUGAACUAAUUAAAGAUAAUCAAAUUAAUAUAAUUAAAGAAUUCAUUAAAAAAAUAUAUAGAGAUGAUUUAGAUAAUGAAACAACAACAACAACUACUACUACUACUACAUUAAUUAAAAAUUGUAAAUCAUUUAAAGAACAAUUAAAAAGUCAAUGGAGACCAAUAAUAAAAUUAUUUUUAUUAAAUCCAAAAAUACCAAUUGAUUUAUUAGAUUUCAUUAUAAAUGAAACAACAGAUUUCCCAAUGGAAAAAUUCUUAAAUCAAUCUCCAAUUGAAAUAGUACCAUUUUUAAAAUAUAAAUGGUAUGUCGAAUCUGUAUUAUUAAAUAAAUUCAAAAUGGGUUCAAUAGAUUCUAGUAAAAAAUUUGAUACAAGACUUUAUAAUCAAAUUCCACCAUUGAAUCAAAAUGAAAUCAUUGAUCUAGUAAUUGCAAAUAAACAAUUUUAUCAAUUUGAAAAUAAUAAUAAUAAUAAUAAUAAUAGUAAUAAUAGUAAUAAUGGUAAACUAAAUAAAUUAAAUUUUAAAUCGAUUGAUAAAUUAAAUUAUUUCAUUAAAAGUUAUCAUCAACAGCAACAACUACAACAACAACUUAAAAAUAAUGAAAAACAAACAGUAGUAGAUCUUGAAAAUAGUGAUAAUUUUAAAUUAGAAUUACCAAAAGAAUGUUAUUAUAAACCAUUUUUUAAAGCAUUAUCAAUGUGUGAUAUUGAAUCAAUUAAAUUAAUUGAACCAGUUUUUAAUACACCAAUAUUACCCUCAGUUUACCAAUUUGGUUGUUUUAGUAUUAUUGAAUCACUUGAAAAUUAUCAAAAUUUAUUCAAUUAUUUAUUUAAUAAUAAUAAUAAUAAUUCUUCAAAUUAUUUUAAAUAUAUUUUCUUUGAUUAUUUAACAGAAUUUUUUAAUGGAUUUACAAUUGAAGAAAUUAUAGAGAAUAAUAUUAAAAUCAAUUUUAAUAAAUUCCCUCAACAAUCUAUUCAAUUAUUAAUAAAUUCAAUUUUCUUAAAACAAAAUUUAGAUUUAAUUAAAUUUAUUUGUUCUCAAUUAAAUUUUAAACAACUUUAUGAAACCUAUCCAGAAGAAUUCUUUCGAACGUCUACAUAUUCAAUUUUUAAUAAUAAUAAUAAUAAUAAAAAAGAAAAUUAUGGUUUUAGUAAAAUUUCAGCUUCAAUCUCUAUUAAUAAAUAUAGUUUUAGACAUUCUUUGAAAUAUUCAAAAAUUAAAUCAAUAAUUGAUUAUUUAAUAUCAGUUUUUAUAAAUAAUAAUAAUAAUAAUAAUAAUAAUAAUAAUAAUAAUAAUAAUAAUAAUAAUAAUAAUAAUAAUAAUAAUAGUAAUAAUAGUAAUAAUUUAAAAAAUUGUGAAUUAGUUACAACUAUAUUUAAAUUAUUAUAUAGAAUAAUUUUAUCAAGUAUAGAUAUGAAAUUUGAAGAUAUUGAAGAAAUUCAAAAAAUUUAUGAAAAGAUUGGUUUAAAAGAAAUAAUAGAUUCGGAUUCAAAUAUAAAUGAAGUUUAUUAUUUAAUAUUAAAGGAUUUAAGAUAUGGUAAAUACCUUUUCUUAAAAAGAACAAAUCCAUUAGAAAAAUUAUUAUUUAAUCUUUGUCGUGGUAAUGAUCAAAAUUAUUCAAUUUUUAAUUCUGAUAUUGAUAAUAUUAAUGUUAUUAAUAGUAAUAAUAAUAAUAACAAUAAUAAUAAUAAUAAUAAUAAUAUUAAUAAUGUAAUAUCACUUGAAUUUGUUAAGAAUUCAACAUUUGAAGAAAUAUUUUUAAAAUUAAAAAGAUUAUUAUCAUAUUAUAAUGAUUCAUCAUAUACCAAUAAUAAUAAUAGUAAUAAUAAUAAUAGUAGUUAUGAUAAUAAUAAUAAUAAUAAUAAUAAUAAUAUUGAUAAUUCAAAUAUUUCAACAAUAAAGAUUCUAAGAAAUUUAAGAGAAGAUUAUUUAUUUUUAUUGGAAUGUAAUGAAAUUAGAACAUUUUUAAAUCUUGUUAAAAGACAUUCUUAUAAUAGUGAAAUCUCAAGAUUAUUAGAUUUCUUUGAAGUUAAAAACUCUUUGAUAAAGGUAUUGGAUAAACAAUCAAUUUCAAAAUUAUUAGCAUUUGAAAUUCAAGAUUAUAAUAUUGUAAAUUAUUUUGAACAAUCAUUCAAUGAAUCAAGAUUAGAUUUAAUUAAAUAUCUUUUAAAAAUUAGUAAUUGUACUUUAGUUUUUGGUCAAAUCAAUUCAAUUAGUGAAUAUCAUUUUCAAUCAAUCUUUAAAUCAAAUCAAAUUGAUAUUGUUAAUUACUUAUUAAAAAAUUAUAAAUUUUUAAUUGAUAAAUUUCAACCAUCAAACAAUAAUAAUAAUAAUGAUAAUAAUAAUAAUAAUAAUAAUAAUAAUAAUAAUAAUAAUAAUAAUAAUAAUAAUAAUAAUAAUAAUAAUAAUAAUAAUAAUAAUAAUAAUAAUAAUAAUACCACUACAAUUAAUAGUAUGAAAGAUAAUUUAAGUGGUGGUAAUGAUAAAAUUUCAACAACUUUUAAUAUUUGUUUUUAUAGUGGUUUUAUUGAAAUCUGUGAAUUAUUAUUAUCAUCAUAUUCUUCAAUUUUAUCGAUUAAAUCCUCAAAUAUUAUUGAAGCAAUUAAAAAUGAUCAAAUUAUAAUUAUACUUUAUUUCAUAAAUAAUAAUAUUAUUAAUUUUAAUAAUGACAUAUUAUCAAAUGAUCAAGUUUUAAAUAUUUUAUCUAAUCAUAAGGAUUUUAAAUAUUUAUUGCAGUUACAACAAUAA